AUGUCUUCGUUAAAUGAUAUGGAGUUGUUGGAUGAUAUAGCCGGCGAAGGUGUUCUGGAAUCGCAUCAUAUAUCUGAUGAAGAUGAUUUGCCAAGUGAGGACGAUGAUGACGACGACGAUGACGAUGAACUUGAUACAACAGAUAUUACUCACGAUACACUUGCUAUUAAGAAACCUUUGGCAGGGAUGUUGCCGAAUACUUAUGACGGAAAGACAGCCGAGGAGCUUUUUCCUGCAUUUAAACCCAAUGCUAUUCUUCAAUUCAAUAAAAUAUUUGGUGUCGGAAAACCCAAUCAUCUACCAAAACCAUGGGCAAAUUUACGUAUGCGAUCAAUGACUGAAAAUCUCGAAAAUCAACUUCGCGAAGCAACUUUAGCAGACUGUGUUGCUGAUAACGAGACACAAUUUCUCGGCCGUUUACCUCCAGUAGUAAACGAACCGAUAUCAGAUGAUCACGAUUCGCCAAUCGGCGAUAUGAAAGUUCAGAAUUGGCGUGUGGGUCCUGCACGUCUAUGGUACGAUCAAAUUGGCCUGAGUUUAGACUUAUCCACAUAUGAUUAUGGAUUCAAACAAAAACCUACUCAAACAUUACAAACACAAACUUCCAAAGAACAGUUGACAGAAGAAGAGGAAUUAGCAGGCAAUGUGUCAUUACCUGUGAAUUUGAUCCGUUGGGAAGAUGACAUUAUUUAUGAUACAGCCGUGUUGCGCGAUAAAUUAGAUUUGAAUACACCAAAGAUACGAUAUUGUGGUUGGGUACCGACGACAACUUAUCGCUCAUUGGCGAGUUUCCAGAAAAGUGUUUUCGGUAAAAAUGUGGACUAUUUAGAAAAUGGAAAUGAUGAUGAUCCGAAAUACAAAUCUUGGUAUUCAAUUUUUCCGAUUGAUAACUAUGAUUUAAUGUAUGGUGAUUGGGAGAAAGAUAUUAUUAUCGAUCCAGAAAAUAUGGAACGUAUUCGUGAACCAUCGGAGUUGAUUCUUGACGAAAAUGACGAUCAUUUAAUUUUCGAAAUACCAACAGAUCCGAGCGAUUGUCAAACUCGUCAACAACAGCGUAGUCGAGAUAUACGUGAGAAAGCUGAAGCAAAUACUCCGAUUAGCCCUACAAAAGCUGGAAAAGUUCCACAUAAGGAUACACGAGGACGUGUCACACGAAAAGUACUCACAGGCAGUGGACUAUUAAAAGAAGCGGAAGAUAAUGAGGAUGAUGGGAAUGAUCAAACUGAUGGUCCGAAAAAUGAUUUUUGGAAUUUAUCCAAUGAUGAGUAUUACAAUCCAAGACUAAUUGAUUCUGUGGGUAAAAAUCUCGGUACACUGAAUUUGCAACAUGCAACACCAGCUGUUGAACUUUGCUCUCAAUUAUUUCCUACACAUUUAAAGGCGAAUAAACUACGUCUCUUUCAUCGACCAACAAUCAAGAAAUUUAUUCAUAGCAAAUUAAAACCCGGAGAGUACCAUCCUGUUCAUUCAAUUCAGAAAAUAGCUGAAACACGUGCGAUUGAAAGAGAAAAAGAACGACAAGCCUAUGGCGGUGGUGAAAUGUUUUAUAUGCGUCGUCUACAAGAUUUAAGCGGUCUAGAUAGUGAUGUCAUCCUUGUUGAAUAUAGUGAACAAUAUCCACCUUUAUUGAAUCAAAUUGGUAUGGCGACAAGAGUAAAAAAUUACUAUAAAAAGAAACCUGGAAAACAAGAUAAUCCUCCAAUGUUAGACUAUGGUGAAAUCGCCUAUGCUCACACGUCACCUUUUCAAGCCGAGAUGCUUCCUGGAGAAAUCUUACAAGCAUUCGAAAAUCACAUGUUUCGGGCGCCGAUCUUUCACCAUGAUGCUCUGUCGACUGACUUUCUUAUCCUACGUACGAAACAAAGUUAUCACAUUCGAAAUGUAAAGAAUAUUUUCACUGUUGGCCAAGAAUGUCCCUUACAAGAAGUUCCUGGACCGAAUUCGAAACGUGCGAAUAUAUUCGCACGCGAUUUUCUUCAAGCGUAUAUAUUUCGCUUAUUCUGGAAAAGUCGAGAUAAACCACCAAGAAUAAAAAUGGAAGAUGUACGAAAAGCUUUUCCACAAAAUGCCGAAAAUAGUAUUCGAAAACGUUUGAAAAUGAGUUCGGACUUCAAACGUACAGGAGGUGUACACUGUAACUGGUGGGUAUUGAGAAGCGACUUUCGAUUACCAAGUCAAGAAGAAAUCCGACAACUAGUUACACCUGAACAAUGCUGUGCUUACUACAGUAUGCAAGCAGCAGAACAACGACUAAAAGAUGCUGGUUAUGGUGAAAAAGUACUCUUUGCCGCCGUAGACGACGAAGCAGCUGAUGAAAAUGACCAAAGCAAAAUCGAAGAUGAAGUUAAAUGUGCACCAUGGCACACAACUAAAGCUUAUCUUGAUUCGCUAAAAGGCAAAUGUUGGUUACAAUUGCGUGGUUUUGCAGAUCCGACCGGAUGCGGCGAAGGCUUUUCAUAUGUUCGCGUUUCAAAUAAACCGAAUGCUCGAGAAGCAGAAACCGAAGCCAUACAAACGAAGAAAAUGGUUACAGGAACGGAUGCUGAUCUACGUCGUCUUCAUUUGAAAGAUGCCAAGAAACUUUUGAAUAAAUAUGGUGUCACGGAUAGUUCAGUUCGGAAUCUUUCUCGUUGGCAAAUUAUUGAUAUUGUUCGAACGAUGUCGACACAACGCGCACGGGAUGGCGAAGAAGGGGCUGCAAUGGCCAAAUUUGCCCGUGGAAACCGGUACAGUCAGAUGGAAUAUCAAGAGAAAUACAAAGAAGAUUGUCGCAAGAUCUUCGAAGGCCAAAGCAAAACUUUAUCAUCGAAUCAUUUGACAUCAACAGAUAAUGAAACAAGUGGCGAUGAAGAUUCGGACGUCGAUGAAAUGAGAAAAAAUCUCGAAUCAAUGCUAGAACCAACUGUUUCAAAACAAUCAGCAGAUACGAAACCGCAUGUAGAUACAGAAGAUACAACGAAGAAAACAAGUAAUCGUGUGCUCAGGAUUGUUCGUACCUAUGCUGAUGAUAAUGGAAACGAAUAUCAACGUGUUGAAACUGUACGAAAGCCUAUGGUUGUUGAGGCAUACUCGAAAAUACGUUCAACGAAAGAUAAUGAUUUCAUUCGGCAAUUCUUUACUCUCGACAACGAUCAACGCGACAGUCUACGACGUGAACGUCGACGUUUGCAAGAACAACUACGUCGUGUCCGUCGACAAGAUCGUUUGCAGCAACGUAAUACAAAUGAGCCGUUGAAUACAAUCGAUGGCCGUCAUUCUCCGUCAUCGCGUUCAUCGAAUCCGUCACCCAUCCGUAAUUUACAUUUACAAUUGAAUUCAAGCGAUCUACCGACUUUGAAAUUACCACUUGAUUCUGAUGCAUUGAUGAAACAUGAUGGCAAUGCCUUGGAUGAUACUCAUACAGAUUUGUUCAUGGAUCAUACUCAUCAGAUCACGUCAGCGAGUCAACUAUUGUCAACAUCGUUCGAUAAUAUCAAUAGUAACAGUCAAUCAGGAUUUGCUCAUUACUUCAGCUCAGCGUCGUUCGGCGAGGAAGGACCGGAAAACAAUGAAAUGAUAAGUCCAACAGCACUAGCGAAUUCGUCAGAUCCAUCAACAAUGCAAAAGAAAAGAAAAAAAUCCGAGAAAGAUCUAAAAUGGCUCAAAUGCGGUGCCUGUGGUGCUCAAGGUCAUAUGCGAACGAAUCGGGUUUGUCCAAUGUAUGGCAAAACAACCGGUGGAAACAUGCAAAACAAUCCUCAUGUUGAUAACGAGGAUGCACAGCAUAGCUUUGAUUUACCAGCGCUCGAUGCUAAUGCUUCGAUGAACAUCGGCGAUGUGUCAGUGAAAAUGGUCGAAGGAGGUGGUACAAAAUUAAUCUUUGCGAAAAGUGUUCUGGAUAAAGUAUCAUCAAAGGAUACGACAAAGAAACCGAGAAAAACGAAAGGAUCAAAAUCCUUAUUGGCCGGUACGAAAUCUGUAGGAGAUGGUGAUGAAUCUACAACGAAUAGCCAAUCGAACCCUAUGAUGCCGCAAUUGAAUGAAGAUCGACCACCGACUCCACCACCCAUUGUUCAUGUCUCCAAGAUGCAAUUUAUACCGCCGAUCAAAUCUUCGUCGUCAUCUCCGCCAGUUAAUUUAACCUAUACGCCUAAGUCUAGUGGUACGUUGAAAACGACUUUGUCCCAUGCAGGAAACCGACGUAAAAGUUCAACAACGCCAACUAUUGGUGACAACAAUUAUAAACUUAGCCAAAGUCAGAUGGGAUCAACUCCAACUACCACAUAUCGUCAACAGCCAACAUCAACACCACUAUCAACCGGUCCGCUAGGUACCAUGUUUUCUUUUCCACCAAAUACACCGACUACACCGACACCAUUAUCAGCUGGUGUUGAUUAUUUGGAUAAACGUGCCAGAACCGUACAAAGAAGACGAAUUGAUCCACUUGUCAGUUUCGCUACUUUGCUCGAAAGUAUUCUUAAUGAACUUCGAGAUAUGCCUGAAGCAACGAUGUUUUUAGCACCGGUCAACCCUCGAUCAUAUCCUGCGUAUUAUGAAGUUAUAAAGAAUCCAAUUGAUUUACAAACGAUACGCCAACGCGUCCUUGCUCAUACUUACAAUAAUCGAGAAGGAUUUCUAAAUGAUAUGCGACAAUUAGUUGAUAAUAGUCGUCAGUUCAAUGGCGAAUAUCAUCAAAUUACACGUGAUGCUCAAACGCUAGUGGCCGCAUGUUUUCAAAAAUUUGCUGCUAAUGAAGAUAAAUUAAUGAAAUUAGAAAAAACCAUCAAUCCAUUGUUAGACGAUGACUUCCAUGUUGGCAUAUCGCAUUUAUUCGAACGUAUAUUAACUGAUCAUUUAAUGAACGUCGAAAAUUCUUGGCCAUUUCAUCAUGCAGUUAAUAAACUUCGUUUCAAAGAUUAUUAUGAUAUUGUUAAGACGCCAAUGGAUUUAGAAAAGAUCAAACAGGCAAAUAAAACAUUUACAGCGAUGUUUUUAUCAAUAUUAGCUGAUGUUGAUUUAUUAUAUACGAAUAGUGUACAAUACAAUGGUGUAGGUCAUGCAAUUACGGCGACCGCGGCAAAGAUAGUUCAGACAUGUAAGGAACAGUUUGCUGAGCAUGCCGAUCAAUUCGAUGCAUUGGAAAGAAAUCUUGAACAACAAACAUUAGCAAUAGAUAAAACUGUUGAUCAACAAUCGAAUGACGAAGGAUGGCAACAAAUGAUGACUACAGAAACAACCAAUAGCUUCGCAUUUACUGCUUUAGAGCCAGAACCAGAUACAGAUAUAAAUAGUCCGACAAUACCUGGCAUGUCACUUGAGACAUUUAUUGCAGGUGAUUUCUCGGCCAUGGAACAAAACAUUCAAGCCAUGGAUGCCGAAGUAGCCAAUGAACAGAACGAUGACGCCGAGCGUGAAACUGUUGAACGAACAACAACAGAAGACAUUCUCGGUGACAUCAGUGAAUCUGAUACAUCCGAUGAUGAUGAUGAUGACAGAUCAGCAGCACAGUCAUCAUCUCUUGGCAUGCAUCAAAUGGAUCCAUUCGAUAACAAUCCAGGUGCUCACCAUCGGAGUCAUUUGAAGAAACGACUGAAAACAUCCCAUCAACAGACAACAUCGACCGAUGCAGCUGCACUUCAAUUAUCUGAAGAUGAACUCUAA